AUGAACGACGCCUGGGCACUGUACGCGGUGGCGGGCGCAGAGUCCGUCUUCUGGCUUGCCGAUCCGCUUGGUGUGCACACGGCUAUGAAUAAGGGCAAGCCGACGCCCUGGGGCGGACGCAUCGCUGCUGCGACCAUCAACGGCGGCAGCCAUGCCCUCUUUGCGUAUGCCCUCAUGAAGGCCAAGAUGGGAAACACGGCUUGGGCCAACGUGGCCGCGGGUAUGGCACCCUUCUUGGCGGCAGUGAACUGGGGCCAGUGGGUGUUCUGGUGGUGGCCCUACGUCCUGGGCAAGGCUGCAGGCACCCGUGAGAUGAUUGAAGAGCACAUCGAGGAGUUGAAGGAGUUGCCGCGUAUCCUGCCGGGUGAUAAGACGAAGCACCUCGUGCCCGACAUCGAGCACACGCUCCUGCAGCCUCUGACACUCAUGGCGCUGUAUCAGGCGGCGCAGUUGGCACCGUAUGUGCAGCCGACGGGCACGGGCAAGAUUGCCUUCUGUGGCGUCGGCGUGCUCUCGUUGCUUCUGCCGGUGAUGAUGCUGGCAAAGAGCAAGACCCCUCUGGAGGAGCGCAGCUCUCAGCUCGUGCUGCUGCAAAUCUUGGGCACUCUGGCAUACUUUUUCAAGUCCUUCGAUAAGGUCUAUACAGCUUGGCGCUUGGUCACGUCCCUCCCAGAUGCAGAGGUCUGCCUCUUCGAGCGAUCCAAACGCCUAGGCGGACGCAUCGCUUCCAUCCGCAACCUCGGCCCGCACGAGGACCUGGUCGUGGAAGCUGGAGCCUACCGCUUCGUCCCGGUCCCGGAGUGCGAGAAGAUUGGCCAGGAGACGAAAUGCGAGUGGACGCCGCUGGCCAGGCACCUGAUCAAGGAUGCCCUCAAGCUGAAGACGGCUCUCUACGAUCCCUUCCCAGGAGACAAUUCCAAGAUGGAGAAAAUCGUGGAUGAGAAUGGCCACAACGCUGGCUACGCCACCUUCGUGGAGACCAUGGCCAAAGAAGCAGAGGAGGCGGGCCGGCUCCACAUCUACAUGCUCCAUGAGGUGACUUCGCUUCGACGAGCCGGCAGUGGCAUCAGUCUUGCUAUGAAGGGCCCGGACGGGCAGAAAGAGGUGGAGGCCGACGCCGUGCUCCUGAACGUGCCGCAGCUGCCGCUUCUGCGGCUGCUGAGUGCCAGCGCAGAGGUGGACGACAUCAUGACGCCUCGUGAAGAUCUCUUCGCCCCAAGGUCGUAUGCCAUCCUGAAGCUCUACGUCUACUAUGAGGAUGCAUGGUGGCGGAACUACCUGAAUCUGACGGCCGGCCAGUUCAGCAACAUGGGCGAUGACUGGUGGAAUGCUCCCUACCAGUUCCCGCUGCCGCUGGAGGGCCGUUACUGGGAUGGCGAUUUCCGUUGUGACAGCGACGGGCGCAAUUGCCGAGGAUUCCUCGAAGCCAUCUAUGGUGGGGGCGACACCAUCAUCGAUGC